GGGACACCACAGCACACGCAGCCCAACCAGCACAGCUCCCGUCCAAGCUAAUUAACCAACAGAGAUGGCCCUCCAAUCCCACGUGCUGCUGGCCGCUCUUGUGCUCUGCGGCCUGACUCUAACACUCGCUUUGCCAGGGGAUAUCCCAAGGUGGUGCCGCUGUCGUCGCACCACCCAUAACUUCAUCAGCCCCAAGCACUUCAAGAAACUGGAGAUUAUGUCCCCGGGAGCCUACUGUCGCCAGACAGAGAUAAUUAUUACACUGAAGAACGAGAACACGGUUUGUAUCGCACCUGAGGUCAAGUGGAUCCACAAAGUCAUUAGCAAGUUUGUGAGCAGUAAGGACAAUGUCAACACUACACAGAUCCCCGCAACUGCCUCCACUGCUCAAUAAGAUGUAAAGGACAUUGGGACAAGAGUUUGAAGAGGCUUUGAAGCACCAUUGAUUUUCAUAUUCUUGAAAAAGACACAUUAGUCUAAUGGAAACAUUUUUAACCAUGCUUGAUGGACCUUUAGUGUAAUGAACAUGAAUGUUUGUAUUUUAAACUUGUUACUCUUGUUGACAAUGUAACCUGCACGACAGGGUAAUGACAUUUACUUAUGUAGGGACAGUCUAUAGACUCAUUUACAUUUGUUCCCAUUUAUCUUCAGAGACCUUUUUGAAAUAAUAUUUUUCUACUUUUCUGAUAUUUUGCUAUUUUCUACUUCUA